AUUCUGUACUCUCAACUUUAUUCAGUUUCUACAGUUAUUCAGUAAUACAUUCAUCCAUAUAUCCAAGUCAACAUGAAGCUGGUUAUGGAGAAACACCAUGAGUAUAUUUUCCUUACAAUUCUUCUCAUUUCUAUUCUUCAUCACACAUCUGCACAGUGGACCAGAAAUGCUGUUUACAUCAAAACCAAAAACAUGAGUGAAUCGUCCUACAGCAAGAGCGUGUUUACGAGUUUAUUUAAACCUGAUUUAAAGAAAUGUGGAGAAUACUGCCUCCAUUAUCAGUCUAGGAUAGGUUCGCAGAGAUGUAAUGCAUUCGCAUUCGAUAAAUCAAGUAGUACUUGUGAUUUGGCAGCCAUUACGUUCUUAGAAAAUCCAGAGGUGGCAGGUUCAGAAAAAGAGAUAUUUGUAAAUUUCGAUGAUGCAGACACGCUAGACAUGAUCUGCAGGAAUAGUUUUAAAUUUCUGCAAUCAAGAAAUUAUACAGUUG